AUGGCCGCCGCACACCCAUUGCCACCGCACGCCCCCACGCCACCUGCCGCCCGCAGGGGCCACGCGAGCGAGAACCCCGAGCUGCCCACGGCGCUGGCGGCGCGCGGCAUCCGUUUCCUGGGCCCCCCUGCGGCGGCCAUGGCGGCGCUGGGCGACAAGAUCGGGUCCACCAUCCUGGCGCAGGCGGCGGGGGUGCCUACCCUGCCGUGGAGCGGCAGCGGCGUUGCGAUCUCCUACGAAGACUGCGGGGGCGAGAUCCCGCUGGACAUCUACAACAAGGCCUGUGUCUUCUCGCUGGAGGAGGCCAUAGAGUCGUGCAACAGGAUAGGCUACCCGAUCAUGCUCAAGGCCAGCUGGGGCGGCGGCGGCAAGGGCAUCCGCAAGGUGCAGGGCGACGAGGACGUGCGCGCCGUGUUCAAGCAGAUCCAAGGGGAGGUCCCCGGGUCCCCCAUCUUUGCGAUGAAGCUGGCGCCGCUGUCGCGCCACCUGGAGGUGCAGCUGCUGGCUGACCGCCACGGCAACGUGGUGUCCCUGUUCACACGCGACUGCAGCGUGCAGCGCCGCCACCAGAAGAUCGUGGAGGAGGGGCCCGCGCUGGCGGCCAGCCAGGAGAUGCUGCGCGACAUGGAGCGCUGCGCGCGCGCGCUGGCGCGCAGCGUGGGCUACCAGGGCGCUGCGACUGUGGAGUACCUCUACUCCAUCGAGGAGAAGAAGUACUACUUCCUGGAGCUCAACCCCAGGCUGCAGGUCGAGCACCCCGUCACGGAGGGCAUCACCAACGUCAACAUCCCCAGCGUGCAGCUGCUCAUCGGCAUGGGCGUGCCACUCUGGCGCAUCCCCCAGGUCCGCGCGACCUUCCAGGGAGUGGAGGCACGGCUGGAGGUGGAGCAGUUUGACAUGGAGGCCACGCCACAGCGGCUGCCAGACAGCCACGUCGUGGCGGUGCGCAUCACUUCUGAGAACGCCAACAACGGGUUCAAGCCGACUGCAGGCCGCAUCGACGAGCUCAUGUUCAAGCCCACGCCAGAGGUGUGGGGCUACUUCAGUGUGAAGAGUGGCGGCGGCAUCCACGAGUUCUCGGACUCUCAGUUUGGCCACCUCUUCGCCAAGGGGGAGACGCGGGAGGCGGCCAUCAGGGCGAUGGUGGUGGCGCUGCGGGACGUGCGCGUGAGGGGGGAGAUCCACACGAUCAUCGACUACGCGGUUGACAUGCUGACAAGCCCGGACUUUGUCCAGAACCGCAUCCACACCGGCUGGCUGGACGCGCGCAUCGCCGCCAACGUCAAGGCGGAGCGGCCGCCGUGGCACCUCUGCGUCAUCGGCAGCGCAGUGGUGGGCACCUUUCCGCCGCCGCCCCUGCACCCAUGA